UUUUCCUUUGGUGACAUUUGACAUUUGAUUUUGGGUUUCUUGUAAAUUGGGUUUGUUAGUAAAUUAAGAGUUUUUUCGUGGUAUCUGUUCGGAUAAUAGACGGGAGCCAUGUCUAUGACAAUGAAAUUAUUUUCCGCCUCCAGAAAUGGCCAACGCCUACUUGGUGCCAGCUCCCGUUUGAUGAGCACCAAGGAAGCCAAAGAUAUUGUCGAAGUACCCAAGGGUUAUGUCUAUGUCAACAACAAAGAAGAAAGCAUGGACCUUAACGAUGUAACAGAUAGAGCUGCUAGCACUAUCUUCCUAAGUGAGUUGAUGCGAGGUUUCGGUGUCACUUUGGCCCAUAUCUUCAAGGAACCGGCUACAAUCAAUUAUCCUUUCGAAAAGGGACCUUUGAGUCCUCGUUUCCGUGGCGAACAUGCUUUGCGUCGUUAUCCAAGUGGUGAAGAACGUUGUAUUGCAUGCAAAUUGUGCGAAGCGAUUUGCCCAGCUCAAGCUAUCACCAUUGAGGCCGAAGAACGUGCCGAUGGCAGCAGGAGAACAACACGCUACGAUAUCGAUAUGACCAAAUGCAUCUACUGUGGUUUCUGUCAGGAAGCCUGUCCCGUCGAUGCCAUUGUCGAAGGACCCAACUUCGAAUUCUCCACUGAAACUCACGAAGAAUUGUUGUACAAUAAGGAGAAAUUGUUGAAUAAUGGUGAUAAAUGGGAAUCCGAAAUCGCUUCUAAUUUACAAGCUGAUCAUUUGUAUCGUUAAGUAGAGAAUAACCAAGAAGAGAAGAUGUGUGAUUCCUUAGAGGAUUCUUUAAAUAAAAAAUAUAAUAAUAAAACUAGUAAAUAAACAUUCAAGUGAAGCGAUGUAUAAA